UUUUACCGUUAUUCUUCAACGCAUAUUUGCAGUAAAAAAAUGAAAUCAUUUAUAUAUAUAUUAAUUUUUGCAUUUUAUGAAAUAUAUUGUAAAGAUAAACUAAGCUUAAAUCAUAAGCGACAACUUAUGGAAACAUUUUUGUCUGAAAAAAAUAAUGUUUCAACGAAGAGAAACUCAAAUAACCCAAAUACUAAAAAGGCAUACGAAGAAGAUAAAUCAAAUGAAGACAAUAAAACUGAAGACGAAUAUUUAAUACAUACAAAUAAAACUCUAAAUUUCAAAAGAAUCAAAUUACCUGAUGUAAAAGUUAUGAAAAUUGGAUUAGAAAAGAGAGUAGAAUUGCCGGGGAAUGUAGAAGUUACUAUGAGAGUAAUAAGCAUAAACCCUUUCAUUUUUGAAAUUGAAAACUUUAUUGAUGAAGAGGAAUGUGAAUUGCUUAUAGAUUUGGCAAAAGUAAAAUCUCUAAAAGAAGUAAAUCAAAAAUUCAAUAAUAUUGAGUUUAAAAAUGCAAAUGAAGUAUUUAGGGAGUGGGAUUAUAAUCAGGAUGGCUUUAUUGAACCUGAUGAGGUUACUUUACUUCCGUGUUUUGCAGAUAUAACAUUUACCUCUCAAGAUGCAGAUGAUAUGUUCUUUGUAUUAAAAAUGGAUCCAAAUGGAGACGGAAAGGUAGAUCUUAGUGAAAUGAAAAAGACUGAUUUUGCACAAGCCAAAUAUUACUUGGACAACAUAAAAAAAGAAAAAUUUAGACAGCGUAAUGUAACAACUAGUACUUCAUGGAUUUGGCAUGAUCAAGACGAACUUUUGAAACAUACAAAAGAAGGAUAUUUCGAAAAGUAUCAUGAAAGAAUUUCAAUGAUUACUGGGCUUCCAUCACUUAUAAUUGAAGAAAGUGAACCAAUUCAAGUAAGACUUUUUGGUGAAGGUCAAUUUUACACUUUACGUCAUGAUAGUGAACCAGUUUCAAAAGAUAUACCUUGUUGUUUGUAUGGAGAUAAUAAGCUUUGUCGAUUAUGCAGGUACAUUUCAUUUACUGUCUUUUUAAAUGAUGUUGAAAAGGGAGGAGAACUAGUCUUUCCAUUGGCCAAUCAUAAAUAUCAGAAUAUUACACAUAAUUCUGGAGAAUGGCGUGGUUAUUACCAAUACGCAAAAACAACUGGAAAUCGAUUCUUUUUUAGUGUUGAUAUCAAAUUUAUGAAAGAUGGUGCAAAUUGGAUCUUUCAAGGAAAUGGUAAAGAUGAAAGUGGAGGAUUUACUUUUAACAACUCCAUUAUUUUAGGAGAGACUAUUAAGUUUGAAAAAUCUUAUAAUGAUGGAAGUAACUCUAUUAUCAAGUAUCAUGGAAAAGUUAUAGAAGCAACAAAGAUAUCAGGAAAUUGGUGGGUACCUGGAGAGAAGAGACUGCACGGAAUAUUUUUCAUGUGGAAUAAAGAAUACGAGAUAUUUUCUGCUCGUGCAAUAGAUGAAGCAAAUAAAAAAGAAGGUUGUCCUAAUUCAUCAGUUGUUAUACAGCCUAAAAAAGGAAAAGCUGUUUUCUGGUACAAUCAUCAUGUAAAUAAAAAAAAUGGUAUGGUAGGAGAUAUAAAUCAAGAAUCAAUGUCAGCUCAUUGUGAGGUGCUUAAAGGAGAAAAAUGGACAGCUUCAUCUUGGAUUAAUGUUAUUGGAGAUGGAGAUCUAUUCCAGCGUGCAUGGCGGCGUGGAAAUAAUAUGUUGUUGGAUAAGAAGCAGAGAUCAAUACUAUUAUCCACCAUGGGUACUCAAGAAGAUAAGUUAAAUCAUGAACCAUACGAAAACGAGUUUCAUCAUGAUAUGGUUGAAAGUGGAAAUAAAACUGCUUCCGCUGAUUAUAAUGCUGGAUAUAAAUUUUAUGAGCAUAAACCUGCUUCUAAUUCUUUGCAAGCAUUACAGCUAUUAUUUAACGAUAUGGACUCUAAUCAGCUAGCAUUAAUUGCUAAAACUGUUCAUACAAAGUUAGGUCUCACUUGUGUUAAUAUUGAUUCUAAGUUUUCCUUAUGAAAUGUUAAGUUGCUUUGAAACUUGCUUAUGAUUGCUAUUAGGUGUGCGAUUAUAAAACAGUGAAUUUUUUUAUGUAAAUAAUUUUUUUAUAAUUAAAAAUUUAAUACAGACCAGUUAAUAA